CCACACCAAUAUAUCAACUCACACAUCCUCUUUUCUCUCACUAUCAAAAGUCAGCGCCUUCAUUUGUCUUCAUCUUCUUCUCACCAUGGAUGUUGAUUGGGACCUUCAGGCGGUGGUCAGAGGUUGUUGCUCCGCCGUACCCUCCGCCACCACCACCACCACCACCGCCACCCCUCCCACUGGGCCGCCGGAUGGUUGUACUCAACAAAAGUCAACCUUUGAUGGAGAAAACAAUAUUAACCUUUUGACUUUUUCCCCAGAUCUAUUUCAACCAAGAAGUGAAACCAGUAUAGAACAGUUUAUGAAUGAUCUUUACAAUUGCAACCCUCUUCAGUUUACAAAUCUACAAAAACAACCACCACCUCAAAGCUUCUCUUUUCUUGGAGGAAAUCAAGAUCCACCAUACCACCACCAGAACUACUACCACCACCAGCAGCAGCAAGAGAAACAGUUUCAGGUAAAGCAGCAAUCUUUGGGCAUUUCUAGGUGUACAACUACUCAUGCACAGGGUGCAACAAAGAUCAAGAAAAGGAAAAAUCAGAUUAAAAAGGUUUGCCAAGUGCCAGCUGAAGGAUCACCUCCUGAUUUAUGGUCAUGGAGAAAAUACGGUCAAAAACCCAUCAAAGGAUCUCCAUACCCAAGGGGAUAUUAUAAAUGUAGCACUUUAAAGGGUUGUUCGGCCCGAAAACAAGUGGAGCGAAACAGAUCCGACCCGGGCAUGUUAAUCAUAACCUACACCGGCGAACAUACCCACCCCGUUCCAACCCAAGUUAACUCUUUAACCGGUAGCACCCGCAACAAAACCACCAACUCCGGCGACGAUGACACCGGAAACAAGCCCACACUCUCACCGGAAAAUUCUCCAGCGAUUAGCUUACCUCCGGUGACGGAGAAAAUGGAUGAUACUGAUGAUGAUAUUAACUUCGAUGGGUUGGAUGAUCUUGUUGGUUCGGAUGUCGGAGAUAUGUUUUCCGAUCACCGUGCUACGGCAACCGCAGCUCCGCCGUUAAUAAUAUUGCCACAACAGCUGCUGCUGCCGGUGGGAGUUGACUUUUAACCGUUUGACCUUUUUUUUUAUUUUGCUGACAUGUAAGAAGUUAUGAUAUUAGCAUUGGUAAAGAUGGUAUUUUUGUUUUUUUGGGAGACAUGAGCCGGUUGGUAAAGUGAUGUAGGCUUUUGUCAAAGAUGGUGUUUAAAGCUUUUGUUGGUGUACAUUGUGCAUUAUUUGUUGUACAUGUUUUGGGGUGGUGAAUUGCUACUUUUGGUAAA